CGGGAUAAAGCGGUCGCCGGCCGCCGCCCCGCAGACGCGCCACCGCCGCCAUGGCCCAGUCCCUGUGCCCGCCGCUCUCCGAGUCCUGGCUCCUCUCCCCGGGAUGGGGCCCCGCUCGGCCUCCGCCGCCCUCCGACAGGGACUGCGGGUGCUCCCCGGCCUCGUCCCCGGACUCCUGGGGCAGCGUCCCGGCCGGCAGCCCGGAGCCGAGCCCCGGGCAGCCCGGCACCCACGCGGGCCCCAGAGCCCGGAGCGCGGGGAGGCGAGGCGCCCGGGGCAGCCGCCUGGGCUCGGGGCAGCGGCAGAGCGCCAGCGAGCGCGAGAAGCUGCGCAUGCGCACCCUCGCCCGCGCCCUGCACGAGCUGCGCCGCUUCCUGCCGCCGUCCGUGGCGCCCGCCGGCCAGAGCCUCACCAAGAUCGAGACGCUGCGCCUGGCCAUCCGCUACAUCGGCCACCUGUCGGCCGUGCUGGGCCUCAGCGAGGAGAGCCUGCAGCAGCAGCGGCGGCGACGGCGGCGCAGCGACGCGGCGACCCCUCGGGGCUGCCCGCUCUGCCCCGACGGCGGCCCCGCGCAGGCGCAGACGCAGGUGCAGGCGCAGGUGGCGGCGCGCGCCCCGGCCCUGGGCUCCGCCGCGACGUGGGGGUCCUCGCCCGCCUGUCCCGUAGCACUGGGGGCGCCCGAGCCUCGAGACCCGCCGGUGCUCUACGACAAGGCGGCGUGUCCGGAAUCGCAGACAAUGGAACUGGACCCCUCGUCUCCGCUCUUUCCUGGCGACGUGCUGGCCCUGCUGGAGACCUGGAUGCCCCUUUCGCCGCUGGAGUGGCCGCCCGCCUGAAUCGUUGAAGUGACUCCCUGUAACUGACACCCUGUCUGUGAGCAUCGAGGCCUUCUCAGCCUCGGCACCUUCAAAACGGCCGCUCUCCAGACUCCCUUUCCUGGGAGGGGGCCCCUGUGAUACUGGCAUACGCGUUCCUGAGAGGGGGAGCCUGUCCCCACCCAGGACGGUCCUCCCCAGCCCUUCCCUCAAUGGAAGGACCCGUAGGUAGACCCUGGGAGGCCGGCAGGAGGUGCCUGCCUAGUAUGUAUUUAUUUAUUUGUGAAUAAACGUGCUGGUGUCCAUUGA